UAUCAUUCAAUUUUCAGUGACGUUUGCGCCACUAGAUUCCAAAAGCUUUCAAAAGCUAUAUUCACAUUUUCAUGGGCACUAAGUGUAUUGGUUGCCAUUCCAUCAGGUUUGGCGUGGUGGAAUACAUUGCUGCCGUUAAGAGGUCUAGUCAUAGCAUUUGGAUUCUUUUUAUUAGCUUGUCUGAGAAAAAACAACUUACAUGUUGAUUUUCUUGGGUAUAGAACGUUGGCAAAUCAAUAUAUUGGCCAAUUGAUCAGUAAAAAGUUCUUAAUAACAUUGGCUAUAUAUUGGGUCUCAUCACUUCUAUUCCUCUCAAUAGCUCAUUUGCAAUUCAGUUCGUUGACCUUCAAGGCUAUUCCAAAGAAACAUCAAUACCCACCAAUUAAUGACCAAUAUAUCUUUUAUUAUUUCAAUGCUUUUUACAUUGCAUUGGUAUACUCAGUUCAACACACUAUUCUUGACUAUGAUAGAUUAGUCUUUGCCCAACACAAGUUUUACUCACACCCAAAGCAAACUCUAUUUAAAAACAUUCCAAAAGCUAUGAGCACAGCAGUGCUUCUUACUGUGAUUGCUUCUACUUCAGCUCCAAUAUUUUAUUUAUUUGUACGAGAAUACAUUUAUGAUUUCACUUUCUACACGAUUGGCUUGUUUUACUCGUUGAAUCAAAGUUAUCCAUCAUUUGGUGUUUCAUUUGGCUUCUUAUUCAAAAUUUCAAUUUUGUCAUUUUUAUUGUCUUUCAGCUGGGAAAUUGUCAAUUAUGCAUUCAACGCUUACUUAUCAAUUGGUUGUUUACAUCGUGGUCACACACUAUCAGAACUAUCAACUGAUCCAUUAGGAACAUUGCUAACAGGAUUAAAAUCAGAUAAACCAUUCACCAAAAUGACAGCAUUCCAAGAAUUAGCAUUCAUCUCUAAAUCUGAAGAUCCAGAAAAGAGACAAGCAAUUUAUUCAAGAAACAAUAGAAAAGAAUUUAUUUGGGGUGAAAUUUUACAAGAAUGUACAAAUGUCAUCAAGAGAAAUAACUCAAAUAUCAACAUUGCCCUAUUGGAAUAUGCCAAAUCUUUAACACCAAACGAAACUCAAGCUGCUAGACCAACAUAUAAACAUAAUGACUCACAAAAUCUAUUUGGUCGUGAAUAUCAUUCAGUUGAAACACAACGUCUUUAUGACGGUCUUCCAGAACCAAAGAAAAUCACACACUCAACAAGUGAAUCCCACUUGUACUUUGACGGCAAUUUGUGGAAUUUAGUCAUUGGAAAUUCAAAAGAAUUGAUCAAGCAUGCUAAACACUACUAUGAUCAGUUUGUCACUUCAGAAGUUGGUGCCCCAUUUAGAUACACUUUAUUACGGGAAUCAAAACGCUUAUGCCCAAAUGCAAUCACCGUUAGUAAUGCUAUCAUUGCCGUCUCAUUAAUGGCAACACAUGCUUAUGACGAAGAUAAGAAAGGUACAGUUCCAUCCACAAUAACUGAUAUAUUGGAAAUUUUAGAAAAAUCUGUCUCUACAUGUGGUGAAUUUGCCCAAAACCCACCAGCUCAUCUAACUCAAAAGGAUGAAGAAAAUCCAAUAACUUUAUUGCAUCAAUUGUCAUUGAACGCUUUUGUGGAGGUUACAUUGAAAUAUAGUGAAGUUUUGAAUGAUAUAGUAUUACCACCAGAUGUUUUCCGCUUGGCAAAUUGGACAGUCGAAACUGCUUUAAGAGAGGAA